AUGCAAACCAUUAAUCGUUUCCUCUAUGGCCCUACGCCUGAAGAGCGAGUUCGAGCAUGGAAAAGCAAGCUUCGGUCAGAGACCCGUAUCCUUGACCGGGAGAUGAGGCAGCUCGAUGUAGCAACAAACAAGGCUAGGCAGAGCGUGAAGCAAUUAGCAUCCAAAGGAGAUGUCAAGAACGCACGGGUACUAGCUCGAGAGGUCGUCCGCAGCAACAAGCAGAAGGACCGCUUGUCUGUGAGCAAGGCACGGUUAGGAUCCAUUGAGACGCAGUUAACUCAACAGAUGGCCAUGAUCAAAGUAACAGGGUCAUUGCAGAAAUCUACUGAAAUCAUGAAGUUGUCAAACUCUCUCAUCAAACUGCCACAAAUUAGCCAAACGAUGCGAGAAAUGAGCAUGGAGAUGACAAAGGCUGGCAUUAUGGAAGAAAUGCUGGACGACACGUUAGACAUGGAUGAAGACGAAGAGUUGGAGGAAGAAGCUGAUGCUGAGGUCGAGAAGGUCCUUUUCGAGCUGACCAAUGGAAAGUUGGGAGAAGCUGGGUCCGUUGGGACAGAACUUCCAGUGAGUUCCUUUGGCCUGAUGAACUGUAUAAUGUUCACACAUUUCCAGUCGGUGGAGAACAAACUGGAGGAGGCAGAGACAGAAAGGACGAUGGAGCAGUAUCGACAACAACUGAAUGGUAUCUUGAGUGGAUGA